GAAGAAGAAGAAGAAGAAGCAGCUUCGAAGCAAAGAGCGAGACUCGGUGUGCUCGGUUGCCGCUUACGUACGAAGCAAGAGCGGGCUGCGUUGUGUAAGAGCUGAAAGUAAAAGUUGAAACCGCCGAGUUGGGCUCGCGGGAGCGCGUGCGGAGCGCGCUAAAAUCCGAUCCUGUCUCGUAGGCUGGGCAUAGCCGAAUAUCUCUGCCUCUCUCUCUCUGUCUUUCUCUCGCUGGCUUUCGGAUUUGGUCCCACCUUCGGAGCUGUGUUUCUCUCGGACGUGUCUCCUAAGCGAGAGCCGAUCGCCGCCACCAUUGCCGCGGAAGGAACCCGGUGAUUGUCGGGAAGCCGAACGGCGGAACGCACGGAACGGAACGAAACGGAACGGGACGAAACGGGAAACGGGAAAGAAGAAAAGCGAAGUGUAGAAUUGUGUAACAACAAUUUCUAGUCCGUUGCCUGGCGAAAUCCGUGGCUAAUAUCCGAUUGGACGACUGCUGGCGCGCCAGCCUGGGUCUCUGGCGACGAAAACAGGUGAAAGAGCGCGCAUACGGUGGACGCGCGCGUUCGAUCGCGAUCGUUCCCGAGGCCCGUUCGAAUCGUCGUGGACCACGAGGAAAGCGAUGGAAACGAUCGUAACGACGAUCGUUCGCGUAUGCCCGGUUCUCGUCUCGUGCGCUACGAAACGCGAGUGUUCAAGGUCGUCGCUGGUAUCCCACCGGUAACCCGCUUCCGGGACGAGGAGGACGGCAGCAGGAUCCUCUGGGCGGAUUUCGUGGUAGAAUUCCAGGCCCCGUCUCUCUUGAUCGCCGCACGCUACAGAAGUUUCGUAAAACGGAUUACAAAACCAGAAGAGAAAGGAGACAGAGAAAGGGAGAGGCAGAGAGGAAGAAGAAGAGAAGCAGAAGAAGGAGAGAGAAAGAGCGCGGUGAUCCGCCGCAGGAAAUUGUACGGCAACGAUACGCAGUGGAGAUACGGUGUUCGAGCACGAGUUCUGGAUCGUCCCGAGGGUGGACGACGACGACGAGUCGUGAAAGAAGAAGUCGUCUGGCAAAGACGCCCGGAGAAAGAGGAUAAAGGACGGAGAAGCCUCUGCCGAGGACGCGCCAGUAGCGGAGGACAAGUUUGAAAGACGAUCCGGAUGCGGUGGCUGAAUCCACUUGUUAUCUUUCUCAGCCCCAACGAGACCGCGUACAUUUCUAAUCUGCCACCCUCGCGAGUGCCACUCGUUCCUCUCAUCGAUAAAACGCAUCCCCCGGCGAUCUCGCGCGACGUUGCGUCGCUCUUUUACAAUAAGAUCUCGCAGAGCUCGUGAACGCUGCACGGAGACACGCGGCCGAGCGGAAUUAAAAGUGCGCUUAAAAAGGUUAGCGGGAUAAAAAAGGCGCGCGCGCGAAAGGAUAAGAGAAAGGAAUAGGAGCCACCUCCGAGUCCUUGAGAGUACCCAACGGGUAAAAGUGCCGCGCUCGGAGCCAGCCGGUUGACCCUGGGCAGCCAACGGAGCAGACCCCGUUGGAAAAAAGUUCUCCACGUCGUUGUCGUCGUCGUCGUCGUCGUCGCCGUCGUCGUCGUCGUCGUCGGCGCCGUCGUCGUCGUCGUCGCCUUCGUCGUCGGUUAAUCCCCCGUUUGCCAGGGUGUCGCGCGAGCAAUCGCGUUACCAAAUCACGCCCUUCGGAUGAGAUCACGCGCCUGAUAGCCUGCGACACACGUGUGAAACCAGCAGACCGACUGUGUUGGCCCUUGAGAGCCGGGUUCUCGAUUAUCGCUCGCUUUCCAAUUUCUUCCUACCACGAAGACUACCACUCGCCGGCCAACCGAUCCACGAUCAACGAGAAUCGAUCCUCCGCGAUACCAUCUUUCACGCUUCGUGACUGUGUGGACGUGCUCCUCGGUGUGAAGUGAUUCAGUGCCAGAGCUUCGAUAUUGCAACCCUGAUUUGGUUAAUGUUCCACCGUUCCGUCUGCGUUCCUCUAGUACGACGUGCUGCGAUCUGUUUCUCGUGCCGGUGGUGAUACAUGCUCCGGUAUAUCAAUGUAUGUCACGUGUCUGUACCGUCGUCCUCGCCGCCGCUAUCACGGGAUUUCGGGUCGUCGGCUCGUGGAGAUGCUUCGUGACUCUUCGAGAGAGUCUUAAGGGAUACAGCGCUGUUCGCCGGCCCGCUUUCUUUGGAUACCAUCGAUAUUGGAUAAAGUACGGACGAUUAAAACGACAAGACGAUGUAUACUGACGGUCUCCUGACACUCCAUUAUGGGAAGCAUCCAGCGACCUUGGCCGCAGAGGUCGGAGCCUGGUACACCGGGGACCGUCACGUGGACGUGACGUUAGCUUGCGACGAUGGAUCCGUCGUGAAGGCCCAUCGUGUAGUUUUGGCUGCAGCUAGUCCCCUUUUGGCUAGUCUCCUUCGCAACCCUGCAUUGGACCACGUGGUCCACUUGUCCGGGGUUCGAAAAACCCAGCUGACCCAUCUGCUGGAGUUUCUCUAUAACGGAGAAGCUCUCAUUCCGUCGACGGAGCUCACACCGCUUAGGGAACUGUUCGAGCUUCUCCAAAUUAAGUCAGAGCUGUUCGAGCCUAAUCAACCUCAGACUUCUAGUAAUUCCGACCCCGAAAGGAUACCCACCCCCCAGCCCUCGGAGGGCCAGGAAAGUUCUAGCUACGAGUCGCAGUAUGAUGGCAGGCAGUCCAAUAACCCCGCAGACUGUUGCUCGGUACUCAUAAAGACAGAAGGCUGCGAGGAAGAACCAGAAGUAGACGUCGAAGGCGUCGAGGGCGAAGCGCUGCUUACGGAGAACAGAGAAAGUAGUAUAGAACCGCCUCGAAGGAGGGAUAGUUCCGAUCCCGUGAACUUAAGUUUAAAUUCUGGAACUUCCACUACUAGCGAAAGUUCGCACGAUAUCGUACCUAGGCCAGAAAAACAGUUACUGGAGAGGCGAGAAUCUCUGGAGGAGGUGGAAGAGAGAAGGAGACAAUUAGCGGCUCGACUCGCGUUAGGCUUAGAACCGGGAAAACGAAAACCCGAGGAAAUACCUAUCCCACCUGCGGAGGCGUACAUCGUAACGCCUCAUCGAAAACGAAGGCCAGGCUUUCACAAUGCGCCUGCACAGAAUCCAGCCUUUGUACCAUUUAAUCCUGGAUUUGAGACGCCGAGGCGGUUGCAAGCGCCACAUCCCCUCAGCGUCUCGGCACCUCCGUACCUGCAGGACAGGUCAGUGACACCUCCAGGAGCGUCACACAGACCACCAAGCGCAGAUCCAGCAUCGGCGGCAGGCUUGGAGCCACCUUGGGGUUCUUGGGCGUUGCCACAAGCAAGGGCGCCCCCACCUCCGCCAACGGAUGACCCGCCGAAGUCUACUCCCGUUCGCGAAUAUCGGUGCAGCUAUUGUGGCAAACAGUUCGGAAUGUCUUGGAACUUGAAGACGCAUUUGAGAGUGCAUACGGGUGAAAAACCGUUCGCGUGCAGACUUUGUGUUGCUAUGUUUAAGCAAAAGGCUCACCUGUUGAAGCAUCUUUGUUCGGUUCACAGAGGCGUUAUAGCCGCCCCUGACAAUACCUUUACUUGUUGCUUCUGUUCGUUAAGUUUCGAUAGUUUACAAGAGCUAAUCAGGCAUUUGUCAGGGCCGCAUAAUAAUUUGCUACUUAGCAAGAAUCUGCACGACUAGCGACAUGGAUAAGGCCAGCCGGUGCUGAAGCAUCACCUCGAACGCAUCUCGAUCAAAUUUUAUUGCAUUUCACGCAAAACGACUCGAGUAUGCCUUGAUCGUGUUCAGAUCAGAAAAUAUGUGUGCCUUCAAAAUUCGAAUUGCAGUGCAAGUUACUUUCAGUAUUCGAACCUUAGAUUCAGCAUUUCCUUUGUUACUUAGCGUCUUAUUUCACCG